AACAUUUUACAUGUUUGAUGGGAAUUUUGGGCCCCCACUGGGCCUGGGACCUCCCCACAACUGCGGGGGCUGCUUGGGCAGUUGCUACACCACUGCACCAGAAGCAAAAAACUCAGCACGGGGAUAUAUGAUGUUACUGAAUCAGAACAUUUCAUAUCUUCGCAACUUGGAUUCUGCCUGUUCAUCUGGUGGCUUGCUGACACUCUGUCUUAACCUACCAUAUCUGGCAAGAUUCAUCAAAAGAUGGGUUGAUGCCAAAUCAUCUGGUACGCUAGUAAUACCCACUACUCCCUCUGAUGCUGCCUAUGUCCGUUCUACGCUUCAAAUGCUGACAAAGGAAUUGAGUUUCCUUCACAAGACCCUUUCUCUACCUAUCUUGGAGCCAUUGACCAUAAAGAGGAUUGAACAUUUGGGGAUGAUUGCCAUGGGGUGCUUAGUAGCUAGUUUGGUCUCAGCAGCAAUGCAUGGCAUUCUUGAAGUCUUAUCUCCCCAGCCAUCUGCAGGGGGUUCUUCAUCAUCCCUUCCCAGUGGAACCCUUCCUAGUCAGGGCAGUGUUACUGGUGGUUCAUCCCUGCCAACUUCUCCUGGACCAUCUGGCAAGAAACAGGAGGACUGUGCUAUCCCAUCAGUAGCUGUCAGGAUGCAUGUUCGAGAUAUAUUCAGCCUCAUUCUCAGUCAUGUCAAAAACUCAUCACGUGCUGGGGGAAAGUACUACCAGAAUCUUCAAAUGAUGGCUUCCUGGCUUCUGCUACGAGGGACAGUUGCGUUGGUUGGUGCAGUUGGAGGUGUUCGUGAACGUACUGGUUCAUCAUCAGAGGAGAAAAUGUCAUCCAGUAAAACCACCUCAAAAGUAUCACCUGAUCACUCCUCUAAGCCAGCUAUCCCAGUGCCUCCAUUGUCUCCUCUGAUGCGUGUAAACCUCAUGAAAGUUCAGCAGGGGUUUGGGAUGCAUGCAGUGGAGCUUGCCUCUUUAGGUUUAGAGCUUCUGAAGGGUCUUCUUCAAGAUCUGCAAGGAGAGGGAGCAGCUGAUCUUGAGUCAGAUGCUGUUGAUUUUUCAAGUUCAUUUCUCUUUGAUUUGUCGAUUACGAAGGACUACAAAGGACUGGAGAGGGUGAUGAAAGUCAUGGGCUCUAUACCUCUGAUCCAUUUCUUGCAUGACAUAGCCAUGAUCAGCUAUCGCAAGGCUUGUUGCAUGAAAAGAGUGCAGAGGAGUCGGGGAGCUCAUAAUACAACUUUUAGUCUUUCGGAUUCCCAUGGGUACUAUGAGGAUGAUUUCUCAUGCUCCGAUGACAGUGCACCCGAUGAAGGUAAAGAUGACGAUAGUGAGCCCAUCUUGGGUCAGUGGUUUGAAGAGACCCUGAUUCUCCCUGAAACUGAAAGGGAGGGAAAUGGGAAGAAGGAAGAUGGUGAAAAUAACAAAGGUAUUAAGGAAGAUGCUGAGAAGGAAAAUGAGAAACUGAGCUCAGAAGCACAAGAAGAGAUCCAGUAUAUACAGCUGGCCACAUACGUUUUCCAUUUCAUGACUUCACAGUUAGUGAAUAGUCAUGUGAAGUUUGUUUCCAAAAACUUUCUCACAAAUCUGAAGAAAGAGCAGAUGGCUGUCAUAGCUGCCCUAAUCAGAGACUUGGAGAAAGAGUCUGCUCGAUUUGAGAGCGGCAAUGUGAAUCUUCCAGAAGGCUCAUGCUUUGAUCAAGAAUUAUCAUCGUAUUAUGAAGACUUCUCCAAAGGAUUGUCUGUGUAUGUGCACAACCUCAUUGCCCUGGGCUUUUUGAAUGAGCACCUGCAGACGUCACUUCUAACAUAUUUGGGUGUCAGUCCCAGCCGAUUGGAAGGCACAUGGCCCUUGCUCAUUUAUCCCAAGACCCUUGCCAUUCUUGCUCAGAUCCUGGUGUUGAAGCAAAAACAAAACAAAAUGGAAAUGAGAGAAGAUGGUGGAGUUAUGUUUGUAACCAUUUGGGAGAACCUUCUCAACAGUCUCAAUCGACACAUUUUGUUCCCCUCCCCUUCAUCUCCUGACUCCACUGAGUUUGAAGACUUGAAUGUAGAACAUGCCCAGCUGUUGCUAUUCCUUUUCCAUUCUCUGCCAUUGAUGAGAAAGAAGAUGGUCCUUCUCAUUUGUGCGAAUUGCAUUGUGAAAGCAUCCCAAGGGAUUGAUCUCUCAUCUCACCCUGCCAACCCUCUGAAAGAAUCCCAGAUUCUUCCUCUAUCACGUCUUCUCCUCAUUCUGGAGUACUUAAUGAAGAAUUUAUAUGAUGCCCCUUCAGAGCUGUAUGAACAGAUUCAAGCAAACUUGUUCAGUCAUAGUUCUACCUUGGGAGGAGGCUCAGAUGACUCAAAAGCAAGGCAGCCCAAUGGAAAAAAGUACUUUGCAUGUGCAAGUAUACAGGAAGUCUACAGGAAGUUAACUAUGGCUGAGGAUUCCUUCCUUGAACCUCGAUUUUAUAAUCUCUCUGCUGUAGAGCUGUGCAGCCAGGAUACACCUAAGUUAGAUGGUCUUGCAUGCAGUUUUAUCCUAUCAACACCAGACUUGCUGCGUUACUCGGAUUUGUAUUCUGCAUUGCUGAAGCUGUUGGAUAUCACCAAGCAUUUACCUCAUCCACUUUUGGAAAAUCCAGAUCAUAUCUCAAGCCCAGCCUAUGCCUGCUGCAUUCAGUACUGCUUUGGCAUUAUAACUCGAUUGGUACUCACUUUGCCUCCAUCAGUGGCAUAUUUAGAAGUCCUUUUGGAGAAGCAUUCUGUGGAGGAAAACAUUUGUGACAAGCUGGAAGGACAUGCCCUGCCAUCCCUGAUAUGGGGCCCCAGAGCUUCAUUUGUGACCUUCAGUGGCUGGAUGAAGGAUUGUCUGGUGAAGCAAGGCUUGGCAACUUCUAAAGCAACCACUCUCCUGAAAAUGAUCAGCAAGUGCCGCAAUGGGGUCACCAACUUCACUGAGCUAUUCAUGGACUUUGCGUCUCAUUUUGCCUCACACAACAUGUUCAUCAAACCUGCAGGUGGUGGUGCCCUGAAAAUGAGCCAACUGCCUGCUCUGGCAGAUUUGAUGGUGCUGGACUUGAUUGUUGGGAAGUUAAUGACAAGUUUGGAUGAGAAGGCUCAAGUUCACACUGUGUCAUCUCUUGAAGGGGAAGAUGUGUCAGAUGAUGCUGCUCCGCCAUCUCAGCUAUCUCCUGAGCUUAGAGAUAGACUUAUGGAGACUGUCCGUCUCCUCAUGGAGGGUGUAUUUGCAACCAUCAGGUGGUCUAUCUUGCAUGAGAUGAAUGCUUCACUGGGACCAACUAAAUAUGGGGAAGAAUCAUUGUGUGCCAUGGACCUCCUCAUGAGCAUGGCAUCAGGAAAUCCUCAUGGCCAUGAGAAGCUGGCAGCAUUCAUCACAAGGCUCAAUGCAUUCUUGCCACAUUCCCUCAAGACACACCUCAGCUAUGAGGCAAAGGCACCAGGAGUGGAAUUUCCACCAAUUCUCACCUGGAUGGAUAGCUUUGCUGGUGACUUGAUCCCAAGUGAAAGCUAUGUCUGUGCCUUAUUGGCUGCCCAUACUGCUGCCAUGUCAAAACCAAGAGCAGGACUUCUAAGUUGUCUCCUCAGGCAUAUUCUCCAUACCUUGAUGCAGAUUGCAGUGACCCUCUGUGUAAAUUGUGAGCCUGAACAGCAGAGAAAGUUGCUGGAAUCCCUCUUGCCCCUGACAAUUUCCUGUGGCACUGAGUUUGCCAGUGAUGUGAUUCAAGUUCUCCUGGAAGAAAGGCUGGGAAUAUCUGUCCAAGACGAUGAAUGUGUUGAGAUUUUGGCAGCUCUCAUUGCCAGGAAUUACUACCAAAUGGUUGAAAUAAUCAAAGACAAGAAGAACAUACAUGUGGGAGAAGGAGUCUUGCAACAAUGUGUUGAAUUCUUCACCCAGUUUCAUCUAAAGACAAAGGCAGGGAGACAGGCACUCUACAAAGUGUUUGUAGAUCCUGGUGGGUGUGACCUUGCCAAUGUAAUUUUAUCAGCUGCUGCUGAGAGCUUGGCUCCAACCUACUCUACUCAUGUCCUGAACUUUCUCCAUGCCCUUCUUAAACAAGCUGAGUGUCAUCCAAAUGAUGAAGUCUUUAUUGGCCUUUGUGGAUCUUUGUUGGGACUUGCAAGUGCAACAGAGGAUGAAGUGCAGCGGAUGAUUUUGAGUCCAGGGUUGUCUGAGCUUUCAUAUUUUGAAGAAUCACCUGCUUUUACAGAAAAUCGAGACAUUCUUCUUGGUGUUUGCAAGAUGCUCAUCAAAGAACCCUGGUGCUCUCCAGCCAUGAACCAGCCCUACCCUCUUACUAAGGAGCAAGUUCGCCUGCUUCUUCUUUAUGACUUCCAAAUCAAGAAGAAGGCAGCCAAUUCCAUCGCUGACAUCAAUACCGCGUUUGGCCCGGACACUGUGUCCAAGAGCACUGCCUAUGAUUGGUACAGUCGCUUCCAGAAAGGAAAUGAAAGCCUGGAAGACCAGCCACGCACCGGUCGUCCUUCGGAGUUUGAUAACUCUGCCUUGCAGGAGGCACUGGAGGCCAACAACCGGCAAACAUCGCGAGAGCUUGCGGACUUGCUGGGUGUCUCCCAUACAACUAUCCUUCAUCAUCUGGCUGAGCUUGGCAAGAAGGCAAACCGUAAUCAUGUGGGUGAUGAAAAAGUGUGCCAAAAUGUUGAAGAGGAGGUUGAGAGAAUGACUCCAGGACAUGGAAUUUAUGAUGAUGAGAAGUCUGACAUUCCCAACUGGAGUGGAGGUCCAUGCAAUGUUCUUGAAGCAGUUGGAGCUCUUUUCAACUACCUGGCAGAUGUUGGAAGUGCUCUACGUGUUGCUUUGGGGAAAGAUAGUAAUCGUUGGGCUUUUCUUCGCAACUUCUCGCUCUCUGCACAAGGAGAGGUUGACCCUUCAGAUUUGGUUGAAAGUGACUGGGGUGAAGAUUUGCAAGAUGAAGAAGAUAGUGCUGGUGAUGAAUCUGAUGAAGACAGUCUGUCCAACAAACUUUGCACAUACAGCAUUACUCAGAAGGAGUUCAUGAAUCAGCAUUGGUAUCAUUGUCUCACAUGCAAGAUGGUGGAUUUAGCAGGAGUUUGCAGCAUCUGUGCCCGUGUUUGUCAUCGAGGUCACGAAAUUACGUAUGCCAAGUAUGGCAGCUUCUUCUGUGAUUGUGGAGCCAAGGAGGAUGGCAGCUGUCAGGCAUUGGUGAAGAGGAAUCAGCCAGACAGCACUCUGCAAGGAUCAGCUACCAAUGCAUGUGGAAUACUACCAAGAAGCCAGGCUUCUGAUGGCCAGGGGAUUUCUGGCAGAGGCAGUGGGGCAUCAGGAGGGCAUGGUGGCUCAUUCCAUGGACAAAUGGCUCCUGGUGGUUCAUCACAUUACAGUUCCACUGAAGCUCAAUCUGAGAAAGGUCGAGAGGAGAUCACAAAGCACAGGAAUCAUCUAGCCAAACUCUUAGACCAGCAUAAGCAUGCCUUGGCUACAAAGCUCCAAGAACAAGAACUGAUGUGGUCUGUGGUCACAAUACUACGUUCCCUCAAUUCUGCUCUAAUGCUGCAUAUCUUUCGAACCUCGGCCAGUGGGGCUCUCAUACGCAUCCAGCGUGCAUUUCAUGUUAUGCAUACGGCUGAGAAGACCUUGGUUCACACUGACUCCAAUAUGAUCCCAACGCUUGGCUCGCAAGAGGGUGCGUUUGAAAAUGUCAGAAUGAAUUACUCUGGAGAUCAAGGCCAAACUAUUAGACAGUUAAUCACUGCUCAUGUAAUCCGCCGAGUAGCCAUGUGCUGUCUAGCCUCUCCUUCAGGAAAACGGCAACAUCUUGCUGUGGCCCAUGAGAAGGGAAAGAUCACCAUUCUGCAGCUGAACCAGAUGUUGCGGCAGGUGAAUACAGCUCAGCGCAAGUUGACUUUGACUCGUCUAGCAUCGGCCUCAUUGCCCUUUUCCAUUCUUACUCUUGCCAGCAAUCCAGCCAAUGAAGAUGUUCUAGCAGUUUGUGGGCUCAAGGAUUGUCAUGUCUUGACCUUCACACUGAGUGGCAAUGUUGGGGAUCACCUGGUUCUUCACCCUCAACUGGAUUCUGGGAAUUUCAUCAUCAAAUCUAUGUGGCUACCUGGAUCCAAGUCCUGCCUGGCUGUCAUUACAGCUGAUUUUGUCAAAAUUUAUGAUCUUGCUGCUGACACCUUGUCUCCAAUCUUCUAUUAUCUGCUUCCUUCUGGCAAAAUCCGAGACUGCUGCUUCGUGUUCCUAGAGGGGUGGAAGACUGAUGCUGUUUGUCAUAUGUUCCUGAUGACAUCAUCUGGCCAUAUAUAUAUGCAACCACUUUGUGAGGAGAGUGGGGCUGUGCAUGGCCCUUUCUAUGUGACCAAUACGUUGGAAGUUCAUCAUCCUGAAUUGAAGGAUAGUGGGGGGACCAUAGCAGGAGGAGGAGUUUCCAUCUAUUACUCACAUUCCAUGCAACUGCUAUUCUUCAGCUAUGCUCAGGGAAAAAACUUUAUUGCUCCCUUAGUGACACUCUCACAGCCAUUAAGGACAGUGUUCCCUGUUAGUGUCUCAUCAUCUCCCAAUGGUGGAAAAGGCAAUCCUCAAGCAUUAUGUCAAUGGUCUGAGGUAAUGGGACAUCCAGGCCUCUUUACUUGCCUCACACAAAACAGUAACAACCCAGCUGUGUUGCUUGUGAAACCAAAGACAAUCCAGGUACAAGAACUGCGCUUCACCCCCUCAAAGCCAAAGUUCCUAGAUAUGGUUGCUCUUCGACAUAUUGCAAAUGGGCAAGGAGAGAUGAGGACGACUCUGAUACUUCUGUGUGAAGACGGUAGCUUGAAGAUAUAUGCAGGAUACGAUGAGAGCACCAGUCAGUUCCUUCUGUUCAUUUAUACUUGUGUGGUAAAUUCACUUUAUUCACUUCUUUCAUUAUCUUUUCUAGAUUUUUGGUUCAACCCAUUUAAUCCCAGCAAUAAUCCCAUGCCUACUGUGAGUGGAUUGACUCGACACAGCCGCAAGAAGAAGGUCCCGAAAAACAACCGGCCUUCAGGGAGUGUCUCUUUCCCAGUGGACUUCUUUGAGCAUUGUAUACCCAUGCCAGAUGUGGAAUUUGGUGGUAGUGAUGUCCUUCAGAUUUACAAUGCCCCGCAGCUCAAGAAUCGACUGAAUACAUCAGGGAUGUAUAUUGCAAGCAUGAAGUCAGCUGGAUUCAGCAUGGAUGUGGUGAAUCCAGACAGUAACCUAGUCAUGACUGGAGUCAGAGUCUAUGUGGGUGGGUGUCAGGAUGCACAACGUAUUCCAUCUUACAUGGAGGUAUUUGGAAGGAGUAUCACUAUGAACACAACUGUGCCUCGCUGGUAUGACUUCCCCCUGACAAGAGAAGAGAGUCUCCAAGCUGACAAGAAGCUAGUUAUUACCUUUGGACCUUCCAGUGAUCCACAGGGUGUCACUGUGGUAGAUAAUGUCAAGAUUUAUGGAAAGACAAAGGAAGCUUUUUCUUGGCCUGAUGAGCUGAGUGAUGAGCCUUUGCCAGCAACCAGUACUGUUCCCAGUGGAUCUCCUGAUUCCAUCCCUGAGAAUGAAGUACCUGUUCCUUCUGCCACAACAGACCCAGUUGUGAACAGGAUGAUAGAAUGUGCCUGUGAGACUCUAGAAUGUUUCUACUACCUGACUGGAUUGCGGGAAGUGCCUCAAAAGGCUACUCUCACGGAGAUGAUUCUGAAAGUGACAUCCUCCUAUCUUGUCCUUCCAUUGUCUUCCUUAGUGCUGCAGCGUGAUGCCUUCAUUCUUCACCAUCUCUCAAAGAAGCUGGCAAAGGACUUCAGUACAGAUUUGUAUGAAGUGGACUCUUUCUUUUUGGUGCUGUCUCAUGUCAGGGCAAUUGCUCUGUCCCGUCCUGCAAACUUGAUUGAAGGCAUAGCUCCGAGCAAGAUCUCUACAUCUGAUUCCAUUUGGAGUUUCUUGAUAUGGAAGCAAGGAGAGGUGGAUCAAGAGACCUUAAUUGAAGAAGACAAUCAACAGCCUGUUUAUUAUGCAACUCCACCUGAAACCCCUCCAAUGCUUUCCACAAAUCCAUUCAUGCAAGAAGAGGAACAAGAGUCCAUGGUGGCCCCCUCCUCUUCAUUGGAAGAAGAAUCAACAGAUGUCAGUGAGAGUGAAAACAAAAUCACCACUUUCAUUGGACUCAUGAUGGAGCAUUUUUGGAGACUUCACAAAAACAGACCAAGAAACCAGUUCUUAGUUCCUGUUGGCCAAGCAUCAUAUCCCCAAUUGGAGAUGGCUGCAGCAACAAUAGUGGAAAUCAUUCAUGCCAUCACUUUGGUGGAUAUAAGCAUGGUAUCUGUUGCUGUCAAGCAUUAUAUGUCAUUCCUCCUCUCAUCGGACAUGACUCUGAGCUUUGCUGCCAAGACUGCUCUCAUACGUUGUCUCCGUCCAAGGCAGCGCAAGAGAAGAGUCUGCAUACCUAGUCCUCAAAGAUCUUCCACACCAGGCAACUGUGAUGUCUUCCUGGACUAUGAUGGGAUGAUUCACUUGUCAACAGAGCUGAUGCUGGAAAAAGAGCCACCUCCUCCUCCUCUGACCCCACCUGUAACAGCUAAUAAUCAGCAGUUGGAUUCAUUGCUGAUGUCAGAUAUGCAAGAUGUGGAACCCACUGUUAUGGUUGCUGCAGCAUCUGAUAUUCAGGAUGUAUCAGGAAGAAGUAAUUCCAAUCUGUCACCACUUCCACUUGAAGCCUUGCUGGGUCAUGGGGGUUUGGGACCUUUGCUGGAUCUUCCAGUAUCAGAAGCAGAUGAUGAGACCAUGGUUGAGUUGGCCAUUGCACUCAGUCUCCAAGACCAAGUCAGUUCCUCAGGGAAUGCUGCAGAUGCUGCAUCUCAGGGUAUCCAAGGAAUUCACAAUCUUUCAGCUCAGGCUCUUCAGGGACUGCAGUUGCUGACAGGUCAGAAUUUUGGGGCUCAACGAAGGGAAGGUUCAGAUGGGGGAGCUCCACCUUCACACAUGUCAGAUACAACAGCAUCACCUGGAAUUUCAGAAGAUGAAGCAGAAGUUGAAGGAAGCACAGCAGCAACAGAUGGCUCAACAUUGAGGACAUCACCAGCUGAAAGUGGUGGGUCAGCAGGUGAAGGGGUUGGAGAAAAUGCACCAGCAUCAGGGAGGAGUAGUGCCUAUGGUGAGUCAACUGGUGGGUAUCACUGUCAUCCACGGUCUGAGAAUGAGUUGGGCUCUGAUGCACUCUCAACUGGUGGUACUACUGGUUACCAAAUGGGCGAGUCUGACUUGAUGGAAUGUGAAUCUGAUCCAUAUGCAAAUCAGAAAAUGCAUUCCCUUUCCCUUCACCUCUUGAAUGCCUUCCUCCCAUAUCUCCCCCAGUUGAGGGAAAUUGGUGGUGUUCGUUGCAUCCCGUUUUUGCAGGCGUUGCUGUUAUUGAGUGGUGAUUUAGAUGUGGAAGAUGAGCAAGACAAAGCUUGUUUGGAUACACUUUUGGCUGGUCUUAUCCAUGAGCUUCAAAUCAGCCAAGAAGACCCUGAAAAUCUCAUCAAACGUACAGCAAGGCAUGAAAUGCAACUCCUCAUUAUGCGACUUCUUGUUUUGUUCGCUCGUUCGUCUGAGUUCACGGAUUUGUGGUCAAAGUUCACGUGUUCACUCAUCAGCGGCAGUGAAAUGGCACAUGUGGCCAAGAAGAGGAAGUGCAUGUCUAUUGAACUGAAAAUAGACAUUCUGAGAGAAGUCGAGGAAGGGAAACUGAAGAAGGGCGAGAUUUCCGCGAAGUAUGACAUCCCACCAUCGACGCUUUCUUCCAUCGUCAGCGCUAAAGAAAAGAUUCGCAAGGAAUUCUUCAAUGCCAGCUUUGCUCCAGGAAGAAAGAAGUUGAGAGGUGCAAAAUACGGUGACAUUGAAGAAGCUUUAUUUGAGUGGUUCCAGCAAGCACGUGCCUGCAACAUCGCCCUUGAUGGGAACACCAUUCGGCAGAAAGCUGCAGAACUGGCGAAGGUAUUGGGGAUCGAGAACUUUGAGUGCUCUUCUGGUUGGCUCUCUCGCUUCAAGGACAGACAUGGAAUCGUGUUCAAGAAAGUUUGUGGGGAAGCCGGAAGCGUGCCUGAUGAAAUCGUCAACAAAUGGAAGAAUGAGACUCUUAGAAGCAUAAUAGGCAGCCAUCGCCCAGAGGAUAUUUUCAAUGCCGAUGAGACAAGUCUAUUCUUCAAUCUCACACCUGAAAAAACUAUGCAGGUAAGUCCUGAUGCCGUAGCAAACUGCUUUCGAAAAGCUGGCUUCUGCCAUGGCGAAUCUACACAGGAGGAAACUGAUAUUGCUCCUCCAAUGGAGAGCGACGACGCCUGGGAGGAAAUCGCCUCUCAGUUGCAAGUGGGCUGUGAAUUCACACAGUUCGUGAAUAUUGACGAGGACGUUCCCACGUGCGAGCCGCUUCCCAAUCCUGCUAUGUGUGCAGAAGCUCACGGAGUUAUGGAGUUAGAAGAUGCUGCCAAUGAGGAGGAAAUGGAAGAACAACCAGCCAUACCCAAGUCACGGAAUGUUAUGGAAGCAGUGGAAACGAUCAAGCUGCACCUUUAUCAUGCAUGCCACGGAAAUGAAAAAAUGCUUAGAAAAAUCUCGGACAUAGAGAAAUUCUUUCUGAAGCGGGCGACUUCAAGAGUGAUGAUGUCACGUUCAAAGUCAUCUUCAAGGGCAGGGUCUGAAAUCCCCAAUGCAGUGGCCCAAGCCACUGCCACUACACUCUCUGGGACAGGGAUUCUGGCACAUUGCUUGCAGCUCUUGAAAACUCUCUUGGAUCACUGGAAGAACCAAGCUAAUCUGAUGGAAUCUGAAGUUGUAGCAGGAUCUGCAGAUAGCUCUGUAGCAAGUGUGAUGCCUGUCAAGAUUGGCAGCAAUCUCCUCAAACCUCAACAACAGGCCCCUCCUCCAGACAUGAGCCCAUUCUUCCUCAGACAAUAUGUCAAAGGACAUGCCCGUGAUGUUUUCGAAGCUUUUCCUCAGCUGCUCACUGAGAUGGCAUUACGUUUGCCUUACCAAAUCAAGAAGAUUUCUGAACUUGUAUCCACCAUCCCAAAUGUGGAGUUUGAUCAGGACUGGAAUUUUGUCCUAUGUGAGUACAUGAUGUACAGGCAGAUGCCAUUCAUUCGGAGACAAGUUCGCAAGCUCCUGUUGUUCCUCUGUGGAAGUAGGGACAAGUACCGUCAAAUUAGAGACUUUCAUGCCUUCAGAUCAAACAUCAAGGUUUUCAUACUCUUCCUAUACAGUCUCUUUAAGUUAUUGUUGGCACUCUCAAGUAUAGCCAAUUUUCUGGUUUUGCAGGCAGUGAAGGAUGCCUGUCCUGAUCCAGGUGUGCUUGGACAUCAAGGACUUUUGCUUACCCCUACCUCUCCCUCACCCCUCAACUAUGACUGUUUGAUUGACAUGAUUGAACACCUGAAGGGAAGCCUCGAUAUUGCCACCAUGCGCAUAUCCAAUUGGCAGCGAUUCUGCAAUCAAGAUGACACAAUACUGCCAUUCCUUAUUCAUGCCACCCUCAUUCUGGAUGAAGGUGUAGCUCCUAUCAUUCUCCACCUCCUGCAAUGUGCACUUUGUGGUGCCAAAGCUGUUCAGCAGGGUCUACCAGGGGUGAGUCAGUUGUCAGGAGCCCCAACAAGGGGAACUGGAAAAAGGGAAAGAGAACGUGGUGACCCAUUGGAAAUGCUGCCUGAAGAUCCAUUGUCCAUGUGUCUAGUCCAAAACCUAUUUCAGUCUUGUUCUCCCCAGUUACUGAAACAAUUCAUGAACAUGUUCCUGCUGGAGAGCAAUCAGACCAGUGUUCGUUGGCAGGCUCAUUCACUCAUCCUUAGCCUCUUCAGGUUUUCAUCAACACAUGUCCAAGAACUUCUUCUGGAAAUGAUGUGGACCCUCUUGCCCAUCAUACCAUCCUAUGGGAGGAAGGCAUCCCAGUUUGUGGAUCUGUUGGGAUAUUUUUCUUUGAAGACAAAUCUCCCCAAUGAAAAGGCAAGAGUUAAAGAGGAGGAUAACAUUUCUCUCAUGGAUGGAUUUUUUUUCCUGACACAGGCUAAGGAGAAUGUGAAAAGAGCUGUAGAGGUUCUUCAAGGCCAAAAUUCUCUCUUGACUAAUCAUCCAAAUGCAAAUCUUUACACCAAUCUUCAAGGAUUAGUGGAAUUUGAUGGCUUCUAUCUUGAGUCUGAACCCUGCCUUGUCUGCAAUGACCCAGAAGUCCAGUUCACAAACAUCAAGUUGUCAGCCAUAAAGGUUGAUUCCCGUUUCACAACCACAACACAAAUAGUAAAAUUGGUGGGAAGUCACACCAUCUUCAAGCUGGUAGUCCGAAUUGGAGACCUCAAGAGAACCAAGAUGGUCCGGACCAUUAAUGUCUACUACAACAAUAGGACUGUCCAGGCUGUGAUUGAGCUCAAGAACAGACCUGCAAUGUGGCACAAAGCCAAGAGGGUCAUCCUGACACCUGGUCAGACAGAAGUGAAGAUUGAAUUUCCUCUACCAAUUGUAGCCUGCAAUCUCAUGAUUGAGUAUGCAGACUUCUAUGAAAACCCCCAAGCAUCUACUGAGACACUUCAGUGCCCAAGGUGCAGUGCAACUGUUCCAGCCAAUCCAGGUGUAUGCAGCAAUUGUGGGGAGAAUGUAUUUCAGUGUCACAAGUGCAGAUCCAUCAAUUAUGAUGAGAAGGAUCCAUUCCUGUGCAAUGCUUGUGGCUUCUGCAAGUAUGCAAAGUUCGAUUACACCUUGACUGCCCGGCCAUGCUGUGCAGUGGAUCCCAUUGAAAAUGAGGAAGAUCGCAAGAAAGCUAUCCUAAGGAUAAAUACUCUCUUAGAGAAGGCUGACCGAGUCUACAGCAAAGUCACUUCUCAAAAAUCUUUCCUUGAGGCAUUGUUGUCUCAAACCUUGGAACAAGGAGCUGAAAGGAAUGAAGACCUUCCAACAGUUGCCCCGCCUAGUGCUGUAGCUAGUGCCACUGGUACUGGUGGAACCGCCAUGUCAGCACCAGCUGCACCAACUGCAACUACUGGUGCAUCUGGAUCAUCCUCUGUGGCAUCUGCACCACAAGUGAACCGAAAUAUAUUAUCACUUGCUCAGCGCUACUGUGGUGAAUGCAAGGUUGCCUUUGAUGAGCUUAGCAAAAUCAUCCAGAAAGUGGUUGCAUUUCGCCAAGAAUUAGUGGCAUAUGACAGACAGCAAUUUCAAAAGCAGUCACAUUCAGUUGCAAAGAAUCUAGAGGAAGAUCCAAGAUCCUUUGUGAAGCAAGGGAAGUGUUAUGGGUGUGCAAGUGCUGCCACUGAGCAUUGCAUCACACUCCUCAGGGCUCUGGCUUCACAGUCCAAGUAUCGUUCCCUUCUAUGUGAGAAUCAUUUUGGACUGCUGCCAGAAAUGUUGGAUCACAAUCUUAAGAAGGGUACUCUGAAGGUGAGACAGGAGGUGAGACACUUGUUGUGCCUCUUGACCAAGGACAACUUUUUAGCUACCAAAGAAUUAAAUCUACUAAUCAUGGAUCGUGUUCAUCUUGCUCUCAAGUCACAUGCUUCAAGUACUAUAUUAGCAUCUGCUAUAAGGCAUGAAGUGGGCCUGCUUGUGAACCUUGUUCAAAUGCGAGAUGAUUCCUGUUGGGAAGUACGACUCAGGUGCUUGGUUCAGUUGUUCUCUGUGGCCUGUGAAAUGCUUCAAUCUCCACCAGUGAUGGAGAACUUGGUGUUGCCAUGUCUUCGAAUCCUAGUUUCCCUGAUGAAACCUCCUGCUGUCCUUUCAAAGAAGUUCAAGGAUGUGCCAAACCCUCUCUCAUUGGCAUCAGUGGCCACAGACACAGCUGAAACUCAUCUGAACCUAGACAGGUGGUUGAAGGAGGAGCCCCAAGAGUCAUACAAGGCAUGGAAGAAGCGAAUUCCUUGUGCUAAGCCUCAAAGCCUGGGGGCUACUGUUCUCGAUAUUGGUGAUAAGAAAGGGAAGAGGGAUGAUAUGAAUAAGAAUGAUAUGAAUCUCCUCUUGAAGCAGGGAGGGCCCACACCUCAGCAGAAAGUCCAUGCCAAGUAUCUUAUAGAGAAAUAUGGCACGAAAUGGCGAGAUAAAGUGUUCUCCAAGCAGAAAUGUCCUAUUGUAUUCUGUGAUAAUUCUUGGCUCAAGCCUGUCCUUUUUUAUCCUUCUUCUCGAAUGGCCCGUGCUGUUGCCUCCCAUGUGAUAGAAACUUUGUGCAGCACUUAUCCUAAGAAGAAAUUGGUAUGGAUAACUUCAGUUCUUCUCUCUGCUCAUCUCUUGUUCCAUUCUUUUUUAGUUAUUGAUUGUUUCCAAUUGUCACAGUUGCUGGACCUUCUGAUGGGAUACCUUCCUCUCUUGAGUCGGGCUGGGGAGAAUGGAGCAGAAUAUGUCACCUUGUUCCAGAGUCUUGUGCGAACAGGACACUGGAGGUAUUACUUGGCCGUCCAAGGAAUCCUUCCACUCAUUGGAGAUCUCAUGAAUGAAGAAAUUGAACUUAUUUCUCAUCUUGAGGAGACAACAUUGAAUUCAGAUCUUUCACAAGGGUAUGCUUUGAAGUCCCUGACAGAGUUACUCUGCACAAUGGUGGAACGUCCUGCCAUAAGAGCCAAAUAUAAAGUGAGACUCCUUGCCACUGUCCUUCAUGGGUACCUUGCUCUCAGGAAACUUGUUGUUCAGCGGACAAAAGUGAUUGAUGACACCCAAGACAAACUCUUACAUCUUCUGGAGGACAUGACUACAGGAACUGAGUCUGAAACAAAGGCUUUCAUGGCUGUCUGUGUGGAGACUGUCAAGAAGUACGGGAAGGAUGACCUCAGGACACCAGUGUUUAUUUUUGAGCGGCUGUGUUCCAUCAUAUAUCCUGAAGAGAAUGAUGUCAGAGAGUUUUUCCUCAUGCUUGAUAAAGAUCCUCAGCAGGAAGAUUUUCUUCAGGGUCGUAUGUUAGGUAAUCCAUAUAGCAGCUUGGAACCAGGAUUGGGACCUUUGAUGAGAGAUGUGAAGAAUAAGAUUUGCACUGACUGUGAACUAGUUGCCUUAUUGGAGGAUGACACUGGGAUGGAGCUCCUGGUCUGCAACAAGAUCAUUUCUCUUGAUCUCCCUGUGAAAGAUGUUUUCAAGAAAGUGUGGCUUGCCGAGAAUCCUGAAACUGAUGCAAUGAGGGUUGUGUAUCGCAUGAGGGGACUGCUUGGUGAUGCUACUGAGGAUAUCAUUGAAACUCUGGAUGACAAGAAAGAUCAAGAAGUGAACAAUGAGGAAGUAUACCGCAUGGCCAAUGUUAUGGCUGAAUGUGGAGGUCUCAAGGUGAGAAUGGCUGGGGCAGUACUGCAAUACUUCUCAUCUCAUCUGGAUCAGGUGAUGCUGAACCGCCUUGCUUCCAUCUCUGACAUGCCCAGAGGCCGAGCUCUCCUCACUGUACUAUUGCGUCUGUUUGGCCUCUGCAUCAAAGUGUCUGCGAAUCUCAAACGCAUAGUUGAUCCCAAGUUAAAUGCUAUUGGAAUCAUGCUACAGACACUGAAGCUCUGCCUUGCUGCAUCUGAACAAGAAAGUGGAGCUGUUACUGCCCAUCAUGCAGGCCAGCCUAGCCUCACUGAGCAGCUCCUUGAAAUCAUGGAAGUCAUCCUGGCAGAGGCCUCAGGUGAAGGACUCAAAGAUUAUGCUAACUUCAAUGCAUCCUGUGGAGACGUGAGAGACACUGAAAGUCUUCUCAUGUGGACUGAUGACCCAAGUCUUAGUUCUCAAAUCCGGGAACGAAUGAUGCGAGUCCUUCCACUUCUAGCCUGUCCAAACCCAGAGAAGAUGGACCUCCUCACUAAACACUUCCGACCACUAUUUGACUUUAACAAGUUUGACCAGGACCACACCCAAGAGGAUGUGAAUCGGCUGGAGUCUUUCUGUGAUCUUGUUCGUGGCAUUGAGAAGAAUGAAGUUGGCAACCUUUUGAAAGAUCGCUUCGUCUCUGCAAAUCUUGUGCAGACUGCCAUUCAGUAUAUACAGUUCAUUUUGGGUGUAUCUUCUCCUUCAGCACUAAACAUCACAAAUUGUGACCAGAUGCACAUAACCUUGUUUCAGAGGAUCCCUCUUAAAAAUGAUAUUGUUUGGCAGACACACUGUCCUCGGAGUCGGAGUGCUGUCGUUCAAGCAGAUAGUGAAGAAUGGAAGGCAUUUUUGAGCAAACCAAGUCUGAAACUUGUGUUGCGGAUUCUGGCUGGGUUAGCUGAUGGCCAUCCAUCCACACAGGUAGAGAACAGUGGUCAUCUCUGUCUACUUUCAUGGAAUGGUUCCUGUACUAAAUUGUGGCACAUGGUGCUUCAUUAUCAGUUGGCUGUUGGAGAUAGCUGCAUCCCCAUAUUACACCAACUGGAGCAAGUCUCCUCUGAUCAACGGGUAGGCUCCCUUGCUGAGAACCUGAUGGAAGUGUUGCGUGGGAACCCCAGCUUAUCCAAUAAGGUGGAUGCUGAGAGGAAGCAAACUCGAGCAGAAAAGAAACGACUUGCCAUGGCCAUGCGUCAAAGAGAGUUGGGUCAGUUGGGGAUGAAGGCAAAUGAGAAGGGUCAGGUUACUGUGGCCAGUUCCAUACUUGACCAGCUCAGUGACCUUGUGGAAGAAAGUGGCCUCGUCUGUGUCAUCUGUCGAGAAGGCUACAAGUUUCAGCCUUCCAAAGUUUUGGGGAUAUACACAUUUACCAAACGCUGCAAUGCUGAUGAUUUUGAAGCCAAGGCUCGUAAGACUCCAGCCUAUGCAACUGUGACCCAUUUCAAUGUUGUACAUGUUGAUUGUCACAUUGCAGCAGUCAGGUUAUCCCGUAUGCGAGAUGAAUGGGAGUCAGCAGCUCUUCAGAAUGCCAACACAAGGUGCAAUGGAAUAGUGCCAUUAUGGGGCCCACAAGUUCCAGAGUCUGCUUUUGCUUCUUGCCUUGCAAGGCACAAUACAUACCUUCAGGAAUGCACUGCGCACAGGGACAUUGGUCAUGUCUCAACCAUACAUGACCUGAAGCUGUUGCUGCUACGGUUUGCAGAGGAGCGAUCUUUCAGUGAAGACAGUGGAGGUGGAGGACCUCAAUCAAACAUGCAUUUUGUACCUUACCUCAUGCACAUGGCCCUCUAUGUGCUGAACACGACUCGCUCAGUUCCACGAGAAGAAGAAAAUCUUAAGGCCUUCUUGGAGUACAGUGCAGGGAAAUGGAUAGAGAAUUCAUUUGAAGCAGAGGGGCCCCUAUACUUUGGGAUAUUUGCAUUACUCAUCAGUAGUCCCAAUGCUUGGAAGGCACGACGUCUCAUGAUUCUGAAUCGCCUCAUCGUCAUGGCUUUGGCCCGUAAUCUCCUUCAACCCGGUCCACAUCAGAAGCUACCUGAUCGCUCAAACCGAGAAUAUGGGGUCUAUAAACCAGCACUUGUGUUUUUUGGCCUCAUCAAUGCCAUGUAUUCCAUCAUGUUCAAGAAGGUGACUGUCACUUCUGAUUCUGAGUGGCCUGAACACCUGGCAGAUUUCAUACGUCAUAAUGAUCAGGUCCUUGCUGAAGCAUCUGAUCGAAUGCUGCAGUUCUAUCAGGAUGAUCUUUUGCCUUGUCAGUCGUUCACCGAAUUUGUUGAUGUAAUUGGACUUCUUGAUGAGAUCCCUUCACCUGACUCAUACCUGGCCACUCUGUUGAGCUGGGUUCCUUGCUGAUUGAGCAAAAGAAUUAUGGAAAUUUAUUAUUCCCCUCUUGGUGUAGCAAGUGAAAUCCAUUUGUUGCAGCAGAGUAGUACUUAAAAUCCUUCAUUUCUUUGUUUCUUUCUUGUAUAAAAGUAAUUGAUUUGUAAAUUUUGGAGUGUAGUAUGAAAUCAUUGUUUUUGAUUUUUUUUCCACCUCUGGUUUUCCCUUCCUCAUUUUCUUCUUUCCCUCUAUGGACUGAUGAAGAGAGAUCCCAUUGUAAUGGGAGACUCCUACUCCAGAUCUUUCCUGAGUGAUGAGUGUGGAAAAUAUCUCUCGAAAUGACAAAUCAGUGGGUUGGCAGACCGUAUUAUUUCAGGCUGUGCUAUGUGUCUGAAAUGGACUGUCCUCCAUUCUCUGCUUGCUUUGGCUGUGAUUACAUUUGAGAAAUAAAAGUGAAGAGACAUGAUGUGCGCC